AUGGUGUUCCAUACGUUGACUAGGGUUCCUCAGAAUUUCAAAGAGGGUGUAGACUGGUUGAUAGCCCUGAAGGGUACUGAUCCUAAAUCAACCAUGAGAGAUUUGGGUGUCGCAAUUCACCGUCUGCUUGCAUUUUAUCCGGUCGGACCGACGAUGCUGCCAACACUCGAGCCUAUAAAACGUAUUUCUCAGGAGUUCCUAGAACAACCGGAACUUAAGGAGCAGCCGUUCGUAAAGAUUCUGCUGGAACGGUUCAACAAGCCUCUGAGCAGAACCCCUGGCAAACCCAUUGAGCAUUUUACACAUUCCACAGAAGCAGACUACCAGAACGUUGUACAGACCAAAGGUGUUACAUCUCGAGAUGUCGUGAGCAACGUAACUCAGUUUGUGUAUGGCUUUGAGAAGUUCUUGGAAACUAUCAAGAACCCUGACUCGUAUAACUCUGCAUACAGUUCAAAGGCGACAUGGGACAGAUCAUGUGCUGAAAAUCCGAAGGGUUGCGCAGUUAUUCUAGUGGGAAUUGCGCCGAUGUUAUACGCGGGUGUGCGUUCUUUGCUGAAUGCGAGCAAAGGUGCGUGUGAGUUGCCGGCUCCUAACGCGGAAGAGCGUUUGGGAGAAGUAUUGAGAGCCUUGGGCUACGCAGAGCCGGAAUGCCGCACUGAGGUUGGUGUAUUAAAUGUCCACAUCGCACUAGAUGAUUUCAAUAAUCAUCUAUUGACCGUACUCUACGACCUCGCUGGAUACUGGGCUUUCUAUUGA